GUGUGGACGUCUGUGUAAGUGUGAGAGCAUCAUGGUGGCCUUCAAAGGAGUCUGGACUCAGCCCUUCUGGAAAGCUGUCUCGGCAGAAUUUUUGGCCAUGCUCAUUUUUGUCCUCCUCAGCCUCGGCUCCACCAUCAACUGGGGUGGAGCAGAGAAGCCCUUGCCUGUAGACAUGGUCCUUAUCUCCCUCUGCUUUGGACUCAGCAUCGCAACCAUGGUGCAGUGCUUCGGACACAUCAGUGGAGGCCACAUUAACCCUGCUGUGACUGUGGCCAUGGUCUGCACGAGGAAGAUCAGCCUCGCCAAGUCUGUCUUCUACAUUCUUGCUCAGUGCCUGGGAGCCAUCGUGGGUGCAGGCAUCCUUUACCUUGUCACACCCCCAAGCGUGGUGGGAGGCCUGGGAGUCACUGCGGUACACGGGGAUCUUUCUGCUGGCCACGGGCUCCUGGUGGAGUUGAUAAUUACCUUCCAGUUGGUUUUUACUAUUUUUGCCAGCUGUGAUUCGAAACGAAGCGAUGUCACUGGCUCAGUAGCUUUGGCCAUUGGAUUUUCUGUGGCAAUUGGACAUUUAUUUGCUAUCAACUACACCGGUGCCAGUAUGAACCCUGCUCGAUCCUUUGGACCUGCUGUUAUCAUGGGGAGAUGGGAAAACCAAUGGGUCUAUUGGGUGGGACCAAUAAUAGGAGCAGUCCUUGCUGGGGCUCUUUAUGAGUACGUCUAUUGCCCAGAUGUUGAACUCAAGAGGCGUUUUAAAGAUGUCUUCAGCAAGGCCACCCAGCCUUCCAAAGGGAAGUACAUCGAGGUGGAUGAUACCAGGAGCCACGUGGAGACCGAUGACCUGAUCCUCAAGCCUGGCAUAGUUCACGUCAUCGACGUCGACAGGGGUGAGGAGAAGAAGGGGAGAGAUCCAUCCAGUGAGGUGUUGUCUUCUGUAUGACUAGCAAGAAGCACUGAAAGCAGAGAGCAGCCUCCUAGCACGUCCACAGAUGUCCUUCCACCUAUCAAAGAGACAGAUCUCCUCUAGGCUGAGUGUCUACCACUUCUCAAAGGGUAUGGUGGUGGUGUCCCCAAACCAUACGCCUGCUCAGUGGGAAGAUUAGGACUUGGCCAUAAUUAGGAUUUCCCCAUCUAUUCUUCCAAACGAAGAGUUGUUCCUAGAGUUUUCCUUUCCUUCUUUCUGGGGCAACACCAAAAUGAAAGAAAAGAGAUGAAAGCAUUCUCCUUUAAUAAAUCAGUCAAUGAUGAGAUAAAGAUAGAGAUGUUUAACAUUCAGAUUGACAGUUAAGACCUAUCAGGAAUUGCCUAUAGACAUGAAGACCUCCUUAUCAGAUUGUUCUUCUGACACUUAAUUGGCUGUUGUCAGCUCUGAUUAGAACAUCUUAUCCAUUCAGUGUUCUCUAUGAGGUCCAGGGACAGCACCAACAGUAUUUAAGAGUUUUAGCCACACUCAAGCAAAGUUUCCACUCAGGUACGUUGCUAUUGCCUUGAAACCUCUGGAAAAAAAGUUCUACUUUAAUA